CCUUUUCCUCGCCGCCAGGCCUAGCGGAACGCCUGCAUCCAGCUCAGUCACGCCCCUACGGCUGGCACCGUCGCGGUGCAUUGUGGACGCGGUAGUUUCCGCCGAGGUUAUGGUUGCGUUUAUUAAGCGUGAUUGCUGGGUUAGCGGACAGGAAUAUAACGAGACCAGAGAUACCUGCUCUAUACCCUGGUUUGGCGGCUUGCGACCGAGAUUGGAUGUCCCCGGAUCGAAUCAUCGUUUAAUGGAGAAAACUCACCAAAAUUAGUUGCUAUUAAGUAGCCCCCAAAGCAGAGCCUUGAUUUGUCUGAGAGAAACUAAAAAUCUCUUUUUAAAAGUUAAGCUUCAACAUUCAGCCCCCCAUCCCCAAAGCCCUUAAUUAUGCUGUAGAGGUAGGGGGUUUUUGAACAUCUCUCACUAUCUUGUGCUGAUCUCACUGCAUAAUGACUUUCUGUUUCACUGGUGUUCGAAGCUUUCCUAAGCUUUGGAAAAGCAACUCGUACCUUGGGUUAUGCCCAGGACACUCUUAUAUGUCUCUCUUUCCCAAAGACUGUUAUGGCAUCAGGAACCAACACAAGUGGUUUUCUCUUAAAACAGCUUCUCCACAAAAUACCAAAGCAACGAAUCUGCCGAUUGCCAAGGCCAGAUAUCGCAGGAAAGGAAAUGAGAGCUGUAAUAAGCAAGUUUCUCCUGAAUCUUCUCAUCUUUUUGCUGCUGGAGCGGCUAAGAAGAGAGCACAGAUGAAUCCUCAGAGUAAAGAUCAUGCCUUGCCACCUGUGAAGAACAUUAUUCAACUACCAACAAAACCUUUGAAUUCAGAGGAGUGGGAUAAACUUCAGGAAGAUUUCAAAGGAAAAGCUAAUUUUGAAGAUUGGAUCAUUUCACAGAUGGCUCACUACAAUAGCUCUGUGGAUGUAGCCAAAUCUCUGCUAGCCUGGGUAGCUGCAAAAAACAAUGGUAUUGUAGGCUAUAAUUUGCUGGUCAAGUAUUUGUAUCUCUGUGUCUUUCAUAAGCAGACAUCAGAAGUUUUUGACAUCUAUGAAAUCAUGAAAGCCAGAUACAAGAGUUUAGAAUCUGGAGGGACCAGUCUUCUCAUCCGGGGAUUAAUCCAUUCAGACAGAUGGAGAGAAGCCUUGCUUCUGUUAAAGGAUAUCAAAAAAGUCAUGACCCCUUCAAAAAAGAACUAUAAUGACUGUAUCCAAGGAGCUCUCCUUCAUCAAGAUGUAAACAUAGCUUGGAAUUUGUAUCAGGAAUUGUUAUGUCAGGAUCUUAUUCCUAUGAUGGAAACUCUAAAAGCCUUCUUUGAUUUUGGAAAAGGCAUAAAAGAUGAUCAGUAUUCAAACAAACUACUAGAUAUUCUUUUGUAUCUAAGAAAUAAUCAGCUAUAUCCUGGGGAAUCAUUUGCACAGAGUAUAAAAACAUGGUUUGAAAGUGUUCCUGGAGAACAAUGGAAAGGACAAUUCACUACAAUCCAGAGAAGUGGUCAGUGUUUGGGCUGUGGAAAAACCAUAGAGUCCAUUCACCUAAGUCCAGAAGAGUAUGAAUAUCUCAAGGGAAAAAUCAUGAGGGAUGUGAUAGAUGGAGGUGACCAAUACAAAAAGACAACACCUCAGGAACUUAAGAGAUUUAAGAACUUUGUGAAAUACUGUCCUCCUUUUGAUAUUGUCAUUGAUGGGCUCAAUGUUGCCAAAAUGUUUCCUAAAGCUCGUGAGUCUCAAGUUGGCUCUAAGUUCCAGGAGGGCAGGAACCAUGUCUUGUUCAUCUUUAUGUCCAGUUCUGCUGAGGACAGUACCUGGAUUAGACUCUUGAAUGUGGUCUCUCAACUAGCCAAGCAAAAUCUGCAAGUGCUGGUCCUGGGCCGGAAGCACAUGCUAACACCGUGUGCCCGGUGGAGAAAGGAUGAGAUGGAAAAGGUGCAAAAGCAAGCCAGCUGUUUCUUUGCUGACAACAUCUCAGAGGAUGAUCCAUUCCUUCUGUAUGCCACACUGCACUCAGGGAGUCACUGCAAAUUUAUCACAAAAGAUCUGAUGCGUGACCACAAGGCCUGUCUACCUGAUGCCAAGACCCAACGCCUGUUCUUUAAGUGGCAGCAGGGACAUCAGCUGGCCAUUAUUAAUAGGCUUCCAGGAUCAAAAAUAACCUUUCAGCAUAUUCUCAGCUAUGACACAGUGGUGCAAACAACUGGAGACUCGUGGCACAUACCAUAUGAUGAAGACCUGGUGGAAAGGUAUUCCUAUGAAGUGCCAACCAAAUGGCUUUGCCUUCACAGAAAGACAUAAAGACUGUCAGCCCCAUGCUCAGUUUGUUUGGGUGCCCUCCUGGUUCACCUCCAAGCUCUUAAGUUGAUCCUUGUUUAGACCAUUGCUUCUGCCCUGGUUGAUUGUUUUGUCCUGUUUGGUCCAAUUGGUUUGUAUGUCAGCAAAUUGAUUUUUUAAAUUAAAUGAGUUAUAAUUUCUUGUCAUAACCAGCUGCAUUUCCCCCCCCCCGCCCCCGCAACAUUUGUUUUUGGAGGCGUAGCCAGAGUUGGGGAAGCCAGUGCAGAGCAAAGCCUAUAUUUCUUUUAUUGGGCCAUCUAUCUCACUUACUUGGGAGACAGGUGCUUCUGGUAUUCAUUUUGCUACUCCUGACCUCACCUUCCAGGUUCACCUAUAGCAGAACCAAUCCAUCUGGCCCUGAGCCAUGGGUUGUUUCUAAACCCCUUCUUCCAUUUCUGAUGUCAUCUCAUUUUCUACAUGUUAUCUCCUACUCAUGCUGAUAAACCGGCCAAGAUAUCAAAGAUUUAUUAGUAACUCUUAUCACCCAGUGAUUUUGGGUUGGAGGAAAGGACAGUCCUUUCUCUGUAGACUAUGAUCUUUCUUCAUCAUUCUAUGAUGUCUUUUCCAAAUUGGUUCAGCACUUUGUGAACACUAUUAAUUCCAUCACUUGGUAUAAGGGCUUUCUAAAGCAUACAGAUUAUUUUCAUCUAAUUAAAUAUGACUUAGUUUAACAAAAUGA